CUCGAUAGGCAAUUCAUUCACGACGAACUUUUUCUCGACUUCUGACACGGCCAGAAAGCAUCAUGAGCCAGCAGGCCGAUUCUUCGCAGCUUGCGAACUGCGACCAUAUCCCAGUCAUCGAUUUAUCGAGCAUAGACAGCGUAUCUCUCGAGGAGCGCCAGAAGCUUGCUCGGACAAUUUUCGAUGCUUGCACGCAGGUUGGGUUCUUCUAUAUCAAGAAUCACGGAAUCCCCGAGGAGCUGGUGAAUGGGAUCCACAAUGCGGCAGCACGUUUCUUCGGCCUUCCCGAGGAGGAGAAGAUGAAAUACUACAUAGGCAACUCACAGAAAUUCCGCGGAUACAGUCCGAUAGGUGGCGAGAAGUCCACGGGCACUGAAGACGAUCCCGUGCCAGAGGAUGAAGCAGUGGGCGUUCUCUCAGAGGCAUUUGACAUCGGCUACGAAGUUAUUAUGGACUCCAGCAAAUCUAAAGAUGCUGGCCUUCCUCUAGAUCCAUAUGGACUCUACGGAGACAACCAGUGGCCAGACGAGGAGACAAUUGCCGGAUUCUCACAGACUUACGUCCAAUACUGCAUUUCAGCUCUGGAUCUUUGCCGCAAGAUGAUGAAGAUAUUUGCUCUCGCACUUGGCUUGCCGGAAACAUACUUCAAUUCCAGCAUCCAGACACCGGGAGUUACUUCAAGAAUGAUGCAUUACCCGGCUCAGCCAGUACUCGGGGAAGUGCAGGAAGGCCUUGGAGCACACACGGACUGGGAAUGUUUUACAAUUCUUUCUCAAGGCAAAGUCCCCGGUCUAGAAAUUCUCAACCACAAGGGUGACUGGAUUAUGGCACCUCCUAUCCCAGGGACACUAGUUGUCAACAUUGCCGACUGCUUGUCUACUUGGACAAACAAAACUUUCAAGUCAACCAUUCACCGUGUCAACAAUCUGUCGGGAGAAGAACGGUAUUCGAUCCCUUUCUUCUUUGGCGUUGACUACGAUGCUACAGUCUCCGUUUUGGACAAAUAUACAUCAAGCGAGAACCCACCUUGUAGACCCCCAUUCAAAGCUGGUGAUUGGGUUCGUGAGAAGCUUUCAAGGGCCUACGUAGGCUAUGAAGGCUAGAUCUCGCAUAAUCAUUGAUUAUCUGGAUAUCAACUAAAUAGAUCUUGACCUAAAGAAAAUCUGCCUCUGUAUGGCCACUUGAAUCAUAGCUAGAUCUCAAUAAGCUACACUGGAAGUAAAGUACUUCAUACGGUCAACGUUACCCUGCAGAAUGUUACACUGCAGAAUAUCAACGAUCGCAGUUUUGGCUCAUACCUGAUGAUCUGGAGGAAGCGAUUCAUUUUUAUGGUAAUCGCUCCUUCUUGAUAUUUGUCUCCUCCGCCUUCGGAGGCUUUGCCAUCAAUUCCUCUAAAGUAGGCUUUCUCGCCCACACACGGCGAC